AUGCCGUUCACAUCUCGUUGGCAGAUCAAUAUCCCCGACAUCCACCUAGCGUCGCUGCUCUUUACCUCCCCGUCUCACCCCCUUUCCAAGACGCAUCGAUGCUAUUCCGAAGCUGCUCGUCCAGAUACCCAUUACUUCACUACUCAUGAUUUCCGGCUAUGGUGUCAACGGUUGGCUGCUGGUUUGCGCAAGGCUGGUCUCCAGAAAGGAGAUCGAGUGCUGCUUUUCUCAGGCAAUGAUAUCUAUUUUCCUGUGGUGUUUUUGGGAAUUAUCAUGGCCGGCGGCAUCUUCACUGGUGCAAACCCUACCUAUGUGGCCCGAGAACUAGCAUUUCAGCUGCAAGACAGUGGUACAACGUUCCUGAUUUGCGCGGACGAUAGACUCGACACUGGAAUUGAAGCUGCACAAAUAGCUGGAAUGGGAAAAGACAAGGUGUUCGUCUUUAACAAUGCCAUCUUCGAUGGAAAAGGACAAGGGAAGAAGGGCUGUCGAUACUGGGGGGAGCUAAUCGCGUCUGUUGAAGAGGGUGGUGGGUUUACGUGGGAUGAACUCUCAACACCUGAAAAGUCCGACCAAACCCUUGCGCUCAACUACUCGAGUGGCACGACAGGAAGACCGAAGGGGGUCGAGAUUUCGCACAAAAACUAUACCGCCAACAUGCUGCAGUAUAAUCACAUGUUCUAUCUGAACCCAGAUUGGAAGGAAAGAUCGAAGCGGGCCCGAUGGUUAUGCUUCCUUCCUAUGUACCAUGCAAUGGCUCAAAAUAUUUUCAUCGCUGCAGCACUAAACCGUGAGGUACCCGUUUACAUCAUGCCAAAGUUUGACUUUGUCAAGAUGCUUGAAUACACUCAGAAAUUCCGUAUUAGCGACCUCAUUUUGGUCCCACCUGUGGUGAUUGCGUUGGCCAAGCACCCUGCAGUAAAGAGAGGUAAAUAUGACCUUAGUAGUGUGGAAUCAAUUGGCAGUGGAGCUGCCCCGUUGGGGCGAGAAGUAUGUGAAGAGGCUGAGGCACUGUGGCCUCCUGGACAAAUCAAUGUCAAACAAGGAUGGGGGAUGACCGAGACCACAUGCUCAAUUAUGGGAUGGGUCCCUACUGAGAAAAGCUAUUCAGCUUCGGUUGGAGAGCUUCACGCCAACUGUGAGGCCAAAAUCAUGGACGAUGAUGGCACCACAGAAUUAGGGCCAAACCAACGAGGAGAGCUCUGGGUCCGUGGUCAGAAUAUCAUGAAAGGGUACUGGCGGAAUACUCAAGCUACAAAGGAGAUCAAAACAGAAGACGGUUGGUUAAAGACAGGGGACAUCGCGUACGUCAAUUCUGACGGAAGGUUUCAUGUAGUUGAUCGGAAGAAGGAGCUGAUCAAAGUGAAAGGCAACCAGGUCGCACCGGCAGAGCUGGAGGCCCUUUUACUGGAACACCCGGCAGUAGCGGAUGCUGCAGUCAUUGGAGUACCAAUGAACAACGAUGAGCGCCCUCGAGCGUAUAUUGUGUUGAGAACAGGACACAGCGCCACUGAACAAGAUAUUGUUAGUUUCAUAGACGGCAAAGUGUCAGCGAUCAAGAGAAUUACUGGUGGAGUGGCUUUUGUUGAUGCGAUCCCCAAAAAUCCAUCUGGCAAAAUCUUGCGAAAGGCGCUUAGGGACCAGGCUAAACAGGAGAUGCAAGGAAGUGGCGUGGCUGCGAAGCUAUAA